UAAAGACAUCCACUGAAUUCAAUGAUGGACUGAAGCAUGGGGACUUCUAUGACAUUGAUAGUCUAGUGUAGGACACACUCUAAUGAAGAAUUACAGGGCAGAUAAUGAAAAACGUCAAAAAACGAUGGGCUUAAUGCCUCUUUGUACCUCCCACUCUCCUCCACAUAUUUACAUUUUCUCCUCCCUAACGAAGUGUCCAGCAUCACUAGGGAAGUCGGGUAUUUAAGCCUGGUAACAUGAAGCAACUAAUAGGAUGAGAGUGAUGUUGAGGGCGGUAUAUUCCUCUGGCAUGAGGCACAUAUUGGUGCUUCACUUCACACUUGCGUUAACUGCUGCUGUCAUCAAAAACGGCACCAAUGGGUCUCAACCUCACAAGCUGAUCAUUGGUUUCCAGGCUCCCUGGAAUAUGUCCUUCCCCUUCAGUGCCCUGCGACUGGGCUCAGCCAUACAGAUAGCUGUGGAAAAGGUGAACACCAAUCCCUCCUUCCUGGGGAACUACAGUCUGGAUUUUGUGUACAUGGAUACAGACUGUAAUCCCAAAGUUUCCCUGGGAGGAUUCAUUCACCAGGUGUGGAAAGAAAAUGUGUCUGCACUAUUUGGUCCAGCGUGUCCUGAAGAAGCGGAGGUCACUGGUCUCAUUGCAUCCGCAUGGAACAUCCCCAUGUUCGGCUUUGUGGGACAGUCCUCCAAAAUGGACAACAGCAAUACCUAUGAUUCAUACAUAAAAAUUUUGCCCCCUCUUAAAAGAAGCUCGGAGGUCCUGGUGAAGACCUUGGAAUUCUUCGGGUGGAGUCAUAUAGCGAUGAUUGGAGGGGGAUUAGAUUCAAACACUUGGGAUAAAGUUGACGCUUUGUGGAAAACCAUUGAGAGUCCACUGAGAGCCAAAUUCAAGCUGGCUGCCGCGGUCAAAUUUGAUACCAGCAAUCCUCAGCUUGUUAAUCAAAAUGUUAAGUAUAUCUCAACAGUUGCUAGAGUGAUUGUGGUGCUAACAAACAGAGAGGACUCUAUGGCUCUCUUGCUGGAGGCUGAGCGACAGGGUUUGAUGAACGGCGACUAUGUGUUCUUCCUGGUGCAGCAUUUUGAGGUCAGUGGCAUCGUGGAUAACUUGUGGAAAUACGCCUUGAACAGCAGGAUUAACCAAGCUGCCGUAAGAGCUUUUGACAUGGCCUUUAUCGUUGGCCAGAAAUCCUACGAAGGCUAUGAGUAUUAUGACUUCUUUGAGCAAGUCUUUGAAAGACUAAAAGGACACCCAUUUCGGAGCAACCUGACAUCUGACAGUGAGGUUAGCCCUUACUCUGCCUAUCUGCAUGAUGCAGUGCUUCUUUAUGCGAUGGGACUGAAGGAAGUCCUCAAAGAUGGAAAAGACCCUCAUGAUGGACGACAGCUGCUACUAAGAUUAAAAAAUAUAAACAUUCGAUUUUAUGGUGCCUCUGGACUAGUCCACUUUGACGAAGAGGGGGAAAGAAAUUUGGACUAUUCCAUUUAUGACCUGCAGCAUGUAGGAGACAUCACCAAGUUUGUACCCAUCCUCCAUUUUGACAGUCACACCAAAGCUGUCCGGCCAACGCCCGUGUUUGCUUCUGUGGUCUGGCCAAAGGGAAGACCUCCUUCUGACAAACCAGAAUGUGGUUUCAACAACGAACUCUGUGAAUGGCUGAUUAAUGACAUCGCCUUGCUAGCUCUGCUUGUGACCUUCCCCAUCAUCGGUGUGCUAGCAGUUUUUUGCAUUGGGGUCCUCAUUCUGCAGAAGUUACGACUCCAGAUGAGGCUCGAUGACUCCUGCUGGUGGCUGAUCAACUACAACGACAUCAGCAUCAUCAGGGAGCCCUCAGGAAUUCAGGGUUUGUCUCUGAGCACCACAGGUAGUCAAAGUGGAAGCAGUGGCUCUCAGUCCAAUUUCUCCAACAACAGCUAUGGCCUGAGGGACAAGACAGGGAGAGAACACAUCUACACCACUAUAGGUCUCUAUCAGGGAAAUCAAGUGGCCAUCAAGUACAUCAAGAACCACAUUAGCAGUAAUUUCCAGAAACCUUCAAUUAUCACAGAGUUCAAUGAGAUGAAAGAGAUGAAACAUGAGAACUUGGUGCAGUUCUUUGGUGUGUGCAUCGAGCCACCGAAUGUCUGUUUGGUCAUUCAGUACUGCAGGAAAGGCAGUCUGAAGGAUAUUCUGAAGGCGUCAGAUGUCGAGCUCGACAGGAUGUUUAAACUGUCCUUUGCUUAUGACAUUGUCAAUGGAAUGGAUUUCAUUCACAAAAGUAGCCUGAGAUUUCAUGGGAACCUGAAACCCAGCACAUGUCUGGUGGAUAGUCGACUUCAGAUAAAACUCUCUGGCUUCGGACUGCGGGAGUUUAAAUAUGGUAGCAAAAAUAAGAUCAUCCAACUGGAAAACCCCAAAUAUGACGAACUGUACUGGACAGCCCCCGAGCUUCUGAGACAAAUCGGUCUCCCGGUCAAUGGAACGCCCAAAGGUGACAUCUACAGCUUUGCCAUCAUCAUGUGGGAACUCAUGUACAACUCUAAGGCUUGCCCAUAUCAUGACAUCAACCUGGAGCCCAAAGAGAUUAUUAUGCAGUUGCGGACGCCUUUCCAAGGGGAACCCCUCCGACCACAGCUGUCUGAGCAGCUGUGUGAGGAGAACAUCAACUCACUGCUGAGAGCCUGUUGGAGUGAAAACCCUGACCACCGACCGCCGUUUGGGUCUAUAAGGAGACAGCUGAGGGAUACCAGCCCAGAUAGUCAUGCAAAUAUACUGGAUAACAUGGUGGAAAAGUUGGAGAAAUAUGCAAAUCACUUGGAGGAGGUGGUGGAGGAGAGGACCAAUCAGCUCACAGCAGAGAAGGCCCGUGCAGACAAGCUUCUCUCCAGCAUGUUACCAAGGUACAUUGCAGAUCAGCUGAUGGCAGGGAAAUCAGUGGAGCCGCAAAGCUAUGAAAUGGUGACCAUCUUCUUCUCUGACAUUGUGGGUUUCACCUCCAUGUGCUCUGUCAGCUCUGCGAUGGAGGUGGUAACGUUCCUCAACGACCUCUACAGCCUCUUUGACGACAUCAUCAAGAUGUAUGAUGUCUACAAAGUGGAAACAAUUGGUGAUGCAUACAUGGUAGCCAGUGGUCUACCUGUCAGCAAUGGCAAUAAGCAUGCUUUGGAGAUAUCUACAAUGGCUCUACAUUUCCUGAGUGCCAUCAAGGUCUUCAGAAUCCGUCAUAUGCCUACUGAGUGUCUUGCAAUUCGCGUUGGGAUACACUCUGGUCCAGUGGUUGCUGGAGUGGUAGGGACUACUAUGCCUCGCUACUGUCUCUUUGGUGACACGGUGAACAUGGCCUCUCGCAUGGAAAGUAACAGCUUUCCCCUGAAGAUUCAUAUAUCUCAGUGCACUGCUGACAUUCUUGUCCAGGCUGGGUCAUUUGAGCUGGAGGAAAGAGGGGAAAUCGAAAUGAAGGGUAAAGGGUGUCAUAAGACCUACUGGCUGCUGAGCAAACAUGGAUUUAAUCCUCCACUUUUUGCUCACAGCUCUCCACCAGCUGACAGUCUCAAACUACAAACAGAGAAACUAGGAAUGGCCAGAGCUGCUGAGAAAAAGGCCCAGAAAACCAAAGCUCACAUGUCAGAGACCAUGAUGACUACAGUGCACAUUUAAAGAACAAGUGGACAUUCUGACCACAUUUUGGAUAAAUUAACAGGAAUAUCAGGAAAUGACAAGUAUUUAGGUCUCACAGAAUGCAAAACAAGUUUGUUUCCUCUACUUGUGAAGAGGAGGGCUGGAAACUAAAGACUGGAAUGAAAAUGCAAAACACUUCAUGAGAAGAAAAUAGAGACAAGAACCUGGAUUUCAACACUUUUGCUUUUGAUUAGCUAAAAGAGGCUACAGAUACUUUUUAUCUUAAUUCUUUGUGAUUUUGGUACAAUUACAGAUCCACUCUUUCAUUAAAUAGUGUAAGUAGAAAUACUGAUUAUGUUUAAUUCAAACUGUUCUUUGUAACACAUAUUUUGUGCUAUGACUUGACUAAAUGAUAACUUUCUCAUGCAAUUGAACAUUUUAUGUUAGGCAAGUAAAAGAACAGACAUUCAAGCAAUUUUAAUUUAGUCUUGCAGCUAUAAUGUUGAAUUUUGUGACAACAUCAAUCAUCCAUCUUUGCAGUUCGGAAACCAUGAUGUCUUGAAAGACAUCAAGUACUUUUGUGUUUUUUAAAAAGUGUUUUUUGUUGCAUUUUGUAUAGAAGACAGUAAGCAGACAGCCUCAUUCACGGCCUUAUAUUUUAAAACAAAAAUUAAUGAACUUUAUAAAAACAAAUGAAAAUCUGUGACUCUGGUGAAGUUGUAACAAUGGCAUUUAUAAUGUGUUUUCAUUUUGUCUUGGUGCUGCUGUAACAAACAAACAACAAAUGAUCACUGUUUCUAAUCCCAAUAUGGCUUGAGGAGUUAAGAAGGCAUAUCAACAGUGCUGUAUGCAAUCAACAUGGUUAUGUAUAUAUUAUAAUAAAUCCACUAGCACUAUUGUUACACAUUCACAAUUGUUCUAGGUAGUAUCAUUGACACAGAAGAAAUAUCAAAGUAUGUUUAUCCAUUUGAUUUAUGUUUAUUGUGCUGCUGUCAUGUUGAGAGUCUGAUUUUAAUUUCUGGAUUGAAUAAAAUAGUUUAUUUAUUUACUAACA